AUGCUGUGUGCUCAAGUCACAACUGGUGCUGACCGUCUCCUCCCCAUCCCCAUUUCAUGCCCCUCACCCCCACUACCAUGCCGCUCGUGCCCAUCCCGAUGCCCCUCACCCUGUCGCAGCCCCUUCCGCAAGGCCCGUCGCAAACCAGCAGUAGCCCCACCUCCCUCGCCCCCACCACCCUCACUGGAUCUGGCGCUGAUAACCGCCUACCAGCUGCUAUGCAAGGCCUACGUGCGGGUGAGUGAGAGGGGCAAGCGUGCGGGUGAGAGGGGUGUGUGGGCAGGUGACGCCAUGAGGCGUUGGGAAUGCAUGUGUGCUGUCUCGCCCCCACCACCCUCACUGGAUCUGGCGCUGAUAACCGCCUACCAGCUGCUAUGCAAGGUCUACGUGCGGCUACUGGCUGCGUUUGACUUAGACAGCAAGCUGCCGCACCACCCCUCUCCCUUCAACUCCGACCGCGCCAGGUGCGUCUUCAACUCCGACCGCCAGGUGCGUCUUCAACUCCGACCGCCAGGUGCGUCUUCAACUCCGACCGCCAGGUGCGUCUUCAACUCCGACCGCCAGGUGCGUCUUCAACUCCGACCGCCAGGUGCGUCUUCAACUCCGACCGCCAGGUGCGUCUUCAACUCCGACCGCCAGGUGCGUCUUCAACUCCGACCGCCAGGUGCGUCUUCAACUCCGACCGCCAGGUGCGUCUUCAACUCCGACCGCCAGGUGCGUCUUCAACUCCGACCGCCAGGUGCGUCUUCAACUCCGACCGCCAGGUGCGUCUUCAACUCCGACCGCCAGGUGCGUCUUCAACUCCGACCGCCAGGUGCGUCUUCAACUCCGACCGCCAGGUGCGUCUUCAACUCCGACCGCCAGGUGCGUCUUCAACUCCGACCGCCAGGUGCGUCUUCAACUCCGACCGCCAGGUGCGUCUUCAACUCCGACCGCCAGGUGCGUCUUCAACUCCGACCGCCAGGUGCGUCUUCAACUCCGACCGCCAGGUGCGUCUUCAACUCCGACCGCCAGGUGCGUCUUCAACUCCGACCGCCAGGUGCGUCUUCAACUCCGACCGCCAGGUGCGUCUUCAACUCCGACCGCCAGGUGCGUCUUCAACUCCGACCGCCAGGUGCGUCUUCAACUCCGACCGCCAGGUGCGUCUUCAACUCCGACCCGCCAGGUGCGUCUUCAACUCCGACCGCCAGGUGCGUCUUCAACUCCGACCGCCAGGUGCGUCUUCAACUCCGACCGCCAGGUGCGUCUUCAACUCCGACCGCCAGGUGCGUCUUCAACUCCGACCGCCAGGUGCGUCUUCAACUCCGACCGCCAGGUGCGUCUUCAACUCCGACCGCCAGGUGCGUCUUCAACUCCGACCGCCAGGUGCGUCUUCAACUCCGACCGCCAGGUGCGUCUUCAACUCCGACCGCCAGGUGCGUCUUCAACUCCGACCGCCAGGUGCGUCUUCAACUCCGACCGCCAGGUGCGUCUUCAACUCCGACCGCCAGGUGCGUCUUCAACUCCGACCGCCAGGUGCGUCUUCAACUCCGACCGCCAGGUGCGUCUUCAACUCCGACCGCCAGGUGCGUCUUCAACUCCGACCGCCAGGUGCGUCUUCAACUCCGACCGCCAGGUGCGUCUUCAACUCCGACCGCCAGGUGCGUCUUCAACUCCGACCGCCAGGUGCGUCUUCAACUCCGACCGCCAGGUGCGUCUUCAACUCCGACCGCCAGGUGCGUCUUCAACUCCGACCGCCAGGUGCGUCUUCAACUCCGACCGCCAGGUGCGUCUUCAACUCCGACCGCCAGGUGCGUCUUCAACUCCGACCGCCAGGUGCGUCUUCAACUCCGACCGCCAGGUGCGUCUUCAACUCCGACCGCCAGGUGCGUCUUCAACUCCGACCGCCAGGUGCGUCUUCAACUCCGACCGCCAGGUGCGUCUUCAACUCCGACCGCCAGGUGCGUCUUCAACUCCGACCGCCAGGUGCGUCUUCAACUCCGACCGCCAGGUGCGUCUUCAACUCCGACCGCCAGGUGCGUCUUCAACUCCGACCGCCAGGUGCGUCUUCAACUCCGACCGCCAGGUGCGUCUUCAACUCCGACCGCCAGGUGCGUCUUCAACUCCGACCGCCAGGUGCGUCUUCAACUCCGACCGCCAGUGACCUCCCCUGCGCCCGCCCACCAGCACUACAAGAAGCGCUAUGCACGCCCCUCCCCCUCACACCCCUCCUUGUACGCCCGCCCACCAGCGCUACCAGCAGCGCUAUGCGGUGCUCAAGAGGGUGCAGCUGCCCGAGCCACUCUCCUACGCCGCCUUCCAACGUGCUGUCUCCCCGGCCGGCCUCUCCGUGCGUCCUCCUUACCCCUACUGCCCUCUCCCCCUCUCCCCCUCUCCCCCUCUCCCCCUCUCCCCCUCUCCCCCUCUCCUCCUCUCCCCCUGUCCCCCUCUCCCCCUGUCCAUCCUCCCUGUUGGCCUUCCCAUGUUGCCCACCCAUGCCUCACCUCUCCGUCUCCCCUGCUGACCUCUCUAUGCGUUCCUAUCCUCUUUGCCCUCCCCGUGCCCCCUCCAUGCCCCAUGUGCCCACCUGCCCUCCCCAUUCCCGCACCUGCGCUCCCAAUUUGGUCUCUCCCCGGCCUCCUCUCACUCGUUUCUUGCGUUCACUCUGCACCUUCCACUCUCCACUCCCCGCUUGCCCUUACCAUUUUCCUGCUGUCCCGCCCUCCUGCCCUUUCCCCCGCCCUCCCAUUCCCCCAUCUAUCCUCCCCAUUCCCCCACAUAUCCUCCCCAUGCCCCCACAUGCCCUCCCCAUGCCCCCACAUGCCCUCCCCAUGCCCCCACCUGCCCUCCCAUUCCCCCAUCUACCCUCCCCAUCUCCCCAAGUAUCCUCUCCAUGCCCCCACCUGCCGUCCCCAUUGCCCCACCUGCCGUCCCCAUUGCCGCCCUCCCCAUUGCCCCACCUGUCCUCUCCAUUCCCCCACCUGUCCUCCGCACACCCCCACCUGCCCUCUCCACACCCCCACCUGCCCUUCCCAUUCCCCCACCUGCACUGCACUCCGCUUGGCCCCGCCUGCCCUCUGCAUGCUGUGUGCUCUCUCCCGCCCUCCUCCCUCUCGUCCCUUGCGUCCUUCCGUACCAGAGCUCUACCAGAUGUCGCUCGACUUCUUCCGCACCACGGCCACCAACCUGCCCACCAUCCAUGCGCUCGCAGCCACAGCCGCACCUGGAGGCACAGCAGGGGCGAGCGAGGCGGUGGAAGGGGAGGUGCAGCAGCUGGAGCGCGUGUGUGCGAGCAAUGCCACGGCGCUGUUUGUGGCGCACAGAGCGGGGGCAGGGUCGUGCUGCCGCCUCUGCAUGUGUGAGCACGUGUGUGCGGGCAAUGCUGCAGCAGGGGCGAGCGAGGCGGUGGAGGGGGAGGUGCAGCAGCUGGAGCGCGUGUGUGCGAGCAAUUCCACGGCGCUGUUUGUGGCGCACAUUGCGGGUGCAGGGUCGGUGCUCAAGGCGUCUUUUGAUUUCACCGCACAUCCUUUCUUCCCCGUGGUCACCCUCAAGCGUGCUUAG